AUGGUACUGGUUACCCUUUCUGCAGUUUCAGCUUGCAAGUCAAUUGACUCACUCUCUACAAACGCAACUACUGUCGGUUUACAGUAUCGGGGCGUAGAUUGGUCGUCCAUCCUUGUCGAAGAACGAAAUGGAAUUGUUCACAAGAACUCCCAGGGCGUUGCAUUACCCCUUGAACACAUCCUCGUCGAAGCUGGGGUAAACAUUGUGCGACAACGUGUCUGGACUGUUGAAGGCGACUAUGGCAUUCAGUAUAAUCUCGAACUUGCGAAGAGGGCCACGGCCGCCGGUCUCCUUUUUGGACUAAACCUUCAUUACAGCGACACGUGGACGAACCCAUCAUUGCAGGAUAUCCCCACAGGGUGGCCGGAAGACAUCGACAGCCUCGAAACAACAUUGUACCGCUACACCGCGGAUCUCUGCGAGACAUUUGCGGCGGCUGGACUAUACCCAGAGAUUAUAACUAUCGGCAACGAAAUUGUUGGAGGCAUGCUAUGGCCAACUGGAAAAUACGAUGAGCCAAACAAUUUGGCUCGUUUGCUGAAAGCUGGUACCAGUGCCAUACGCGCCUCCAGACUCGGCGACCACACCAAAAUCGUUACACAUCUUGCGCACGGUUAUGACAGUGAGGUGCAGCAUUGGUUUUACAAUAUGGUUCUGGGGACGGGCCUUCUCUCCACGAGUGACUGGGACGUAAUUGCUGUCUCCUUCUACCCAUUUUGGGGGGAGGGAGCAACAUUCGAAGCGCUGAGAAGUACCCUCACUAGUGUUGCCAACCAAUACGGAAAGGAGGUGCAGGUGGUUGAGACCAACUGGCCAACUCAGUGCACAAACCCGGAUUAUCCUUUCCCGGCUGACCAGCUUAAUAUUCCACUCACUCCGGCGGGACAAGUACAAUACAUCACCCAGCUUGCAAACACCCUUAAGCAGGUCCCUGGAGCUACUGGGCUUAAUUACUGGGAACCUAGCUGGAUUUCGAACCCAUCGCUGGGCUCUUCUUGCGAACAAAACCCAAUGUUUGAUUCCACCGGCAAAGCUUACGAGAGCCUUUCUGUAUUUGGCACCAUUUGA